AUGACCUCAAAGUGUUUGUAUUCAGUGGAGGGAGCAGAAGCUAUCAUGAUAGCCAUAACAUUAGUGUUAGCGUGCUUGUUGCACUAUGGUGUCUGUGCAACACAUGCACCAACCACACCCACUACCACAAUGAAUCCAAUGGACGUCCAGCUGGCAGACAUGAAACAGACAUUAGAGGGCAUUUCCCGUCAGAUGGUGAUGCAGCAGCUUGGUGUGGAAGAACGAAUCAGAUCCGAUGGCGACUCUGGUAUCAAGCAGAAAAUGGUUAAAAACAGGGGAACACGGAGUUAUCUUAAUGAUAUAGUGUCCUCCCCGAUUCUGGCAGAUUUUGGAGAGGCCUGGACGCGAGAUCGUCUUUUAUACAUUGGCACUAAUGUCUUUGUUAUGAAUGGUGUUGAGUUCAGAUUACGCGCACAAAACUAUCGACUACAAAUGCCAAGCAGGAACAGUAAAGAAUGGCACAAGACUGAGGAUAUUCCAUACCCGGAAGUGCCACACUCUGUCUUGGCCAAGCACAAUAUCACUGAACAGAUUGCCGAGAUGAGAGAAUACUUUAGAGCAUUCAAACAGCAAGACACGAAAAUCCGUGACUAUACUCGCUACUUCAAGCCAGUACUUUGUUAUUUAGAAGGUGCAUGGAUUGACGGUGCUGCCCAUAACCAGAACAGGUGGCUGGGAGAAGCAUAUACAACGGAGUUUUUGGUCAACGAGGGAUUAGAAGAUGGUCAUCCAUUUAAUCCUACAAAAAUCAUGAGAGUAGUUAAUGGAACUGCCCUCUAUGCACACUGGGAUACCCGUAUCGUUUGUCAUCCAAUCAAACAGGAGCUCAAGCUAGCAUCAUUUUUUGUGAAAGAUGACCUGGCAGCCAGACUUUCCGCAAAUCAGAGUCUAUAUGAUUUCUCGCGAUCAAAGGCUGCACGUUUUGAACUAGGAGAGUAUGGCAGGCCUUCAAGGACAUUAUAUGCUGACAUUGGAUAUGGUAAACAGGACCCAACCUUUACCCAUUACACAACACUUGAUGCCAUCAUGGAAGAAAUUCCUGGGAAGGAUAAUUACCCUGUUCAUAUCACUGGUGGGUCUUUUGGCCUUACUGCUUUCAAUGCUCAUAUUCCGAGAAAUGACACACCGCUCAACAUCGGCCACUACCACCACUGGUACCGUGUGGCACAGAAGGGAGCUAUGGGAACAACAAUUAUCAAUCGCGGGUAUGCUGACAAAUCUCUCUGGGUAGCGACAACCACACAAGAUAAGGUGGCUCCUAUGUCUUACAAAUCUUGUCAAUAUAAUCGAACGACACAUAAACAGGACUGUACAGAAUUUAUUGCUAAGUACACCUACGCUCUUCCACUGGAAAUUGUAUGGUUGACUCCACUUCUUAGUUGGAACCCAUACAACUUGCAAUUUUAUCCAGGCAAUAUUCAUGAGAGCCCAGCAAACACAAUUAAUCAACAUGGACAUAAUGGACGAACUCCUGAAAAGGCCUUCCUUGGCCUUAACCAAGAUAACUUUUACUUAACUCCAGCUGAAUUCUUUUCUAAGGCAGUUGGAGGGCAUUAUGUUGCCGACAGAUCAGGACAUGCUCAUAAGGUUGUACCAUCUGGUUUUCAGACAAUUCUACGUGAAAUACCGACUGUUGGAAACAUCAGACUACGAUACCCAGUGGUCCCAACACAUCAGGAAGGAAAUGCUAUUUAUAAGGAACUAGAUGCCCUUAAGGAGCUCGUUAUGAACAUGGCUGUCAACACCAAUUAUUUCCAUACCAAACCUGACGCAGUUCACAGCAUUGAGGGUAACACCAACAAAGAGGAGCGCUACACCACAUCCUCAACAGCCAUGACUCCUCCUGGAAUGCAUAAGCAUGAGAUCAUUCUCUCCAAAGAAGAUAUUGCUGAUCUGGAAGCAGGAAAGACCGUGGCAGUUUACACCAGUCUCAACAAUGGUCAUCAGCAUAUUCUCGAGAUCUACGCAGACAAGAAUGUGCACUACCGCUAUGGUCACUACAGAAUAGCUCUGUGUGAUGGUAAACGCUCCUGUUGGGAUGGUCACAACAACAUUUUGUAUUACGUGUAUUAA